AUGGCCAAUCAAACGGAGCAAGACACCGUUACCGUUCUAGAGGCCAAGGUGUGGUCAACGAUGCCCGCCCAGUUUCGACACAGUGGCAGGACAUCUGAUCACUCGAUCAACCAGAAACUCGGUCGACUCCUCGACUCAUUCAUCGAGGGCCCAGUGUUCGUACCAGGAAUGGCCCGUUUAUUCCUUGCAGACAUUCCCUAUGGACGGAUCUUUUCGAUUGACACGAAUACCCGCGAAUGGUCCCUGGUAAUCGAAUAUGACGGCGAACCAACGGGGCUUGCCUGGCAUCCGUCAAAUCAAAAGAUAGUCAUCGCCGAUUUCAAGCAAGGCAUUUUGGAACUGGACGUCCAUAGUGGCGAAUUAAAACCCCUGGCGGCGAGAUACCACGGUGAGCGAUUCAAGGGACCAAAUGACUUGGUUAUAGCGGCAGAUGGUAGCAUCUUCUUCACCGACCAAGGCAUGACAGGUCUUCAUGACCCCACGGGACAUGUGUAUCGAUUGAGUCUAGAAGGCCAUCUGGACUUGAUUAUAUCGAAUGGUCCAUCACCAAACGGUCUGGUCUUUAAUCUCAAUGAAACCGCGCUGUUCGUCGCAAUGACCAGAGAUAACUCUAUUUGGCAUGUACCCUUCCAUCCCGACGGCUCUGUUCAACGUGUCGGGCGAUUUGCGAGCUACUACGGUAUCGGGGGACCUGAUGGGCUGGCACUAGAUUCUGAGGGGAAUCUGUUCGUGGCGCAUUCGACUCUUGGCAAGAUCUUUUAG